AGUUGGGGAAAUGGAAGGAACGGAACAGUGGAAGGUUCACGUGGAACAAUUGAAGGUCCAGAUGGAGCAAUGGCUGCAACAAGGCUUGGAGCUUGUUCACCAAAUACCCCCAAUUCAGCUCUACGUCGGGGUUGGUGUGUUGUUAUUGACCACCCUACUUCUCUUAUUGACUCGCUUGUUCAAGCGCAGAAAAUCGAAUACCAUUGUUCUCAGUGGACUCAGUGGAAGUGGGAAAACUGUUAUUUUCUAUCAACUUCGUGAUGGUUCUUCUCAUCAGGGUACUGUUACAUCAAUGGAACCUAAUGAAGGCACGUUUGUGCUUCAUUCUGAAAUUUCAAAGAAGAACAAACUAAAGCCUGUUCAUCUUGUUGAUGUCCCUGGGCAUUCUCGCCUUCGAGCCAAACUAGAUGAGUUUUUGCCUCAAGCAGCUGGUGUAGUCUUUGUGGUGGAUGCUUUGGAUUUUUUACCUAACUGUCGUGCAGCUUCAGAGUACCUCUAUGAUAUCCUGACUAAUGCGAGUGUUGUGAAGAAGAAAAUCCCUGUCCUGAUACUAUGCAAUAAAACAGACAAGGUUACAGCCCACACAAAAGAGUUUAUCAAUAGGCAGRUGGAGAAGGAGAUUGACAAGCUACGAGUGUCGAGAAGUGCGAUCUCAGCAGCUGAUAUUGCAAAUGACUUCACACUAGGGGUACCUGGAAAAGCAUUUUCGUUCUCACAGUGCCAUAACAAAGUUACAGUUGCUGAAGCCUCUGGAUUGACGGGUGAAGUAACUGAGGUUGAGCAAUUUAUAAGAGAAAAUGUGAAGCCUUAGCUGURUAUUCUAUCCUACAUGUUGACUGGUGCUUUUUACCCCUUCAUUUGAAUAUAAACUCCAAUGUGUUUGAAAUGCCGCUUUGAGAAUUUCGAAUUGCAUCCCGAUUCUUGUAGUGUCUAAAGACAAGAAGUUAAAGCUGUUCUAUGUCCAUGUCUUCUUCCCUUGCUGAGAAUUGUAUAAGAUCGUACCCGGAAUAGUCGUACAAUGUCACAGAAAAGCCAAAACAUUCGUAAAGCAUAAAUAAUAAAAAUCUGAGACAUUGUUGCCUUCUUUGUGGUGGAAA